UAGCGAAGGACCUUUAAACAGAGCUGAACCCAGACGACGAGCCACACGUCACAGCUGAGCUAUUUUUUUUUUUCCGCUGUCAAUCUCUCAUUACGGAGACGUGAAUGAGCCGUGAGCCAAGAUGCCUCUAAAAGACGAGGGACCUGCCUCCACAUCCAGCGGUGAGGAGCAGGGCAGUGACGCGGAGUCUUCCUCGGAGCGCUACAGCAUGACAUCGGCCAGCGACCUGGACUGUUCCCGGGAAAGCUUCACCAGCGAUUGCUCCAGUAAACAUUGCACUCCUUCCUCUAGCCCGCCCGAAACCCUAACCCUGAAUGAAGUCAUGGAGUCUGCCAGAAAUCUGUCCAAUCUCUGCAUGGCCCACGAGAUCACUGUGAACCCUAACUUCCGCCUGGAGCUUAACACCCUACCGCAGGACAGUUUGUGGAAGCUAGUGAGAGAUACUUUCCACAAAGCUUUCUGGGACAUCUUGGAGUCUGAGCUGAAUGACGACCCGCCUGUGUACGACCAAGCCAUCAAAUUAUUGGAGGAGAUCAGAGAGAUCUUACUGUCAUUCCUUAUUCCCGGGAACAACCGGAUGAGGACCCAGAUUACAGAUGUGCUGGACAUUGACCUGAUUCGUCAGCAGGCUGACAACGACGCUGUAGACAUCCAAGGGCUUGGCUCUUUUAUUAUCACCACCAUGGGCAAGUUUUGUGCACCAGUUAGGGAUGAGGAAAUCAAGAAGCUCCGUGAAAUCACAGAUGACAUUGUUUCACUAUUCAGGGAGAUCUUCCGUGUGCUGGACCUGAUGAAGGCGGACAUGGUCAACCAUACAAUCACUAAUCUGAGGACUGUGUUGCACAAGCACGGUGUGGAAUAUGAGAGGGCAAGUUUUCAGAGGAUCCUGGACAAAACACCAAAUGCUUUGGAGCACACCACGUCCUGGAUGAAGUCAGCGCUGGAGGAGCUGCAGACGGCUGUCGUCACCACAGAACAAACCAAAGGACAGCGAGUGGUACCCGGGCCCUUCCAGGUCAUCAACACCGCCUUCCUCAGCCUCCUCACAUGGGACAGCAGUAAGAGGCCUCUACCUGAGACAUUGAUGACUGAUGAGACACGACUGCAAGAGAUUCAGUGGCAGCUGCAGCGAGUUCAGGCGGUGAAUGAGGUGCUGCUCAUCGUCUACAGCACCAUCGGAGGCCCGAUCCAGGGUCUGUCUUCCCUGUCUGACCGCCUGAAGAGGAUGACGAGCGUGCUGCUGGAAGGGAUGCACAGCCCGGACUUUAAGCUUGAGGAGGCACUAGAGGGCGUCAGUGCUCAGAUCAGCUGUGAGCUCAACAAGUCUUUAACAGAGAGGGGCUAUCCUGCACUCACUCCAGCACUGCAAGAGGCACUUAAAGGCCAGAUCUGUAGCGUCACUCAGAAGGACAACCCCAUCCGCUCUCUUGUUGAGGAUCGUGUGCAGCUGUACUUCAGGGCGCUCAUUUUCGCCCCUAAACCCGAGCUCAAACUGGAAGAGGUACCAGCCGGUCUGACCUACAUCAAACCUGAACUGGCGUUGAUCGGGGCAAAGUUCAUCUCCCUGUUCGACUACAACAAACUGGUCUAUGGUCCUUUCUACGCAGAUGUCAUCAGGAAGCUGUUGUUCAGCGGCAGCCCACCGGCAGCUAACCCUCCUCAGGACGCCCCUCAAGACUCUGUCAUCUCCAAAUAAAAUCAAAAAACCUAAACUGUCGCCUAAGGAGUUCCUUUGCUUGUAGUCUUAGCUUUAGCUAGGGAGGUGCUACAACAGCUGGUCAGUGCUACUGCUUUGCGUAAGCCAGUGUGCUCCAACAAUUGGGUUACCUUUAAUGUAUUAUUAAUGUAGUUUCUAUCACUACAUGUAGCAGUGAAGGCACUGCAGCAUCGGCACCCGGAGGUCGACAUUUAAUGUGACCUGCAUUCUUUGUGACAAUGCUGUUAAAUAUGUUCUCCUGUCAACAUUUAAAAAAAAAAAACAACAGAAAAGCAGUGUAGCAGGAACACAUUUCUGGACCUAAGUGACAACUACAUUUUAAAUGAGUCUGCAGGUAAACUCCUGUUUUUAAAGGGCAAACCUUUAGUGUGUUUAAAACACACAGAAAGAUUUAUAAAGCAGAGACAAAGAAGGAUAUAUAUUUAGACGAGAAGCAGAGAAGAAUAACAGAGACUCUACAUUAAUUUUAUCUACAGUAGCUAUAUGGCAUAACUACAGUUAACUUUGGACACAUUUAUGCAAACCAUACGAUAGCCUUUUCCACAUUGAAUAAGUCCUUUUGAUUGUUCUCCCUUUCACCUUUUUUUUUUUUUAACCUGCCAGAGAACUAAGUUUGUUUUCUUUUCGAUCUACUGAUGUUACUAUAAUACAAAAUAAAGUGUUUUUUUUUUUACUUUGCCGAAGAAAUAACUGUUGUCUGCAUGAGUAGCCCUGUGUUGGUGAUUUUUGUUCAUACUUGCUUUGUUUGAGUAUAUGUUAUAUGAUGUAUGUUCUAUACUUUACUUACUCGCUGCCAGUGGAUUACGCGUUACACCGGUUAAGUUGUUGUGUUUGUUACACUUGGAGGUACUGUAGUUGUUACAGUAUUGCUGUGUUGGCUGUUCGAACCUGUUGGGAAAUGAAAGGGGCAGAAAAUAAGUUGUUGUUUGAUACAUUUCCAGAGGACUGAUUCAUGUUGAGUGAAAAGCAUUAAUGGACUUAUACAGAAGUUUACAUGAAAAUGUGGGAUGAUAUUGUUAUUUUUGUUCUGUACUACAAUUAAUAUAAAAAAAAAGAUUAAAAAGAAAAUUUGAUGUUA